ACAUGGUUUUGAACCAGGUCUAGAAAGCAUUCCCUCACAAAAUAUGAUUUGUGAUAAUCUUCAAUCUGCUCUUACAGAACCCGACACAGUGGACGAAUUGAUCAAUAAGGAAGUUAAUUCUGGCUUCAUGAUCGGACCUUUUGAUAUUCCUCCUUUCGAACACUUUCGCAUCAGCCCUAUUGGAGUGGCUACAAGGAAAUUCUCCGGUAAAAAACGUUUAAUAAUCGACCUCUCAGCCCCGCACAAUUCUCCGUCUCCAAGCAUAAACAGCCUCAUUCCACUCGAAGAAUUUUCUCUUCAGUACCAUGAUAUUGACCAAGCAAUACUGUUAAUCAAAAACGCCGGUCGUGGUUCUUGGCUCGCCAAAGUCGACAUUACUUCAGCAUUUAAAGUGAUGCCCAUCCACCCAGACUCCUGGCAUUUAUUUGGCGUCCGUUGGCAUGAAAAAUAUUACUUCGCCGUCCGCCUAACCUUCGGCUGCAAAAGCAGCCCCAAGAUUUUUGACAUGCUGUCAGAAGCAAUUUGCUGGAUUCUUUCCAACAACUACGCAAUUCCUUACCUUAUUCACCUGCUCGACGACUUCUUAAUAAUUUCGCCUCCUGAUGCCAUCCCAGCAGCGCAUCUCACUACAGUCCAAAAGGUUUUUUCCGAGCUGGGAGUUCCGAUCGCCCAGGACAAAACCAGUGGCCCAGCCACGUCCAUCGAAUUCCUGGGCAUCAGUCUGGACACCGUCAAAUUCCAGGCCUCUCUACCGAAAGAGAAAAUCGACAGAAUAAUUCUGGUCUCUUCCACGUUGCUAGACAGCCCAAGUUGCUCAAAGCGCGAACUUCUGUCUCUGCUCGGCCACCUAAACUUCGCUAUGCGUAUAAUCCCGCAAGGCCGCCCUUUCAUCUCGCAUCUUCUCUCUCUCGCAUCCUCCGUCGCUGCGUUAGAAGACCAAAUCUCCCUAACUAAUCCAUGCCGUGACGAACUAAAAUUAUGGAUAACCUUCCUUAAACAGUGGAACGGAUUAUCUUUUUUCUAUAAUACGUUGGUGUCCCUUCCAAUCGAUAUUCAGCUCUACACCGACGCAGCUCCCUCCAUUGGCUUUGGGGGAUUUUAUCAAGGCCGUUGGUUCGCAUCUACUUGGCCACCUCAGCUCUUAGAUGCGACGCAUUUCCCAGCCUCUUCAGCGUUGUUUGAACUUUAUCCUCUCGUCGUCGCAGCUUUUCUAUGGGGGAAAGAAUGGUCCACAAACAACAUAAUCGUCUACUGCGACAAUGAAGCAACGGUGCAUUGCAUUAAUAAAACCCGCUCGCAUGCACCAGCUAUGAUGCCACUCCUAAGACGCCUUAUUUGGAUAGCAGCUUGCGAUCAAUUUAUCAUAACAGCUAAGCACGUACCCGGGUCAAAAAAUGAAAUUGCUGACUCUCUCUCACGCUUUGCUUUCCAGAAAUUCAGACAGCUGGCUCCAGAAGCGGACCCCAACCCGACGCCAGUACCUCACUAUUCAGAAUUAAUCUUCCCAUAAACCACUCUAUGAGACCACUGCUUGACGCUUCUCUCAAUUCGAUCUUUGAAGCUUUUUCCCCACGAACCCUCCAAUCAUAUUUAACAGCUUGGAGAUGUUUUAAAACUUUUCAUCUAAUUUUUAACUUGCCGUUCCCAGAUUUCUCUCUGCUCACCAUUACGUCUUUCAUCUCUUACCUCAACACAGCCAAGAGCCUCCAG